AUGGCUUCCAUACGUACUUCUCCACGUACCCAUUCCAAAAGCAAAGGCAUUUUCACUGACAAGUCAAGCAGUCUUGAAGAGACACAUAAUCAGUUAAGCCACAAGGCCUCAUGGGAUAGUGACUCAAUCCGAGUUUUCCUGCAGUUGAUUACAAAUGAGAUUACUAAAGGAAAUUGCCUAUUCCUAGUCCUCAGCCAAGCAAGGUACAAGUCCUUGGCAAGGAAAUUUGGGAUAAAAACUAGAAAAAAACAUGGACUGAAACAGUUGAAGAAUAAGUACAUGAGUUUGAAAAAAGAGUGGCAAGCGUGGAAAAAGUUGAUGGAUUCAAGCAAAGGAGUGUCAAGGAUAGGGUUUAACUGUGACACCAGAAAAAAAACUUUGGAACAUCAUGAGUUGAUGGAGACGGUCUUCAUGAGGGCAUCAACUACUGGUAAGCACCAUUGGAUCCCGGGAGAGAAACUUCCUGAAGCUGUUGAUGACUCAUCUGAUUCAGUGCAUAGUUUGGGAGCCCAGCCAUUUGCUGAUCCGAUACCCGCAGGAGUACAAGACGUGGAUUCAGAUUCUUCACUGGAGCAUGUUCCGAUUGUAAAGGGAAAAAGGAGAAAGACGCCAUCAACAAGUGUUUCAAAGUCGAAGAAGGCAACAAGUUGA